AUGGCCGGUGGGCCUAGUCCGAGCAGCAUAAGCCCUUCAAACCUCUCGAACAGUCCUUUUAUCCACGGCUCACUAAGCAGCUCCAGCUCGUCCUCACCACCGAAGCUGUUUCCCCAGAACACCAUGACCGCAGACGUCUUCACGUCGUCCCACACAUACAACAUGAACGGCACUAUCGGCGAGCGCCGGCCCGCCGAGCGCAACGGCCUCUCUAUGCUCUCCUUCGGCGAGGCCGACUCGACACCAGACAGCAAGACUCGGCACGCCAUCUUCUUGCACAAACUCCCCAGCAACAGUGACAAGGAGGCUGUGCGCAACAUUCUGCUUUUCGCGAAGGACCUCGUAGAUUGCGAAAUGGUCUCUCAUACUCGUUUCCCUGAUGAUAAGGGCUUCGCCUCCGCCAUCGCCUACUUCCAGACUUAUGAGGGCGCAAAGGAGGCCCGCGAUCUUCUCAAUGGCAAGCGCAAUGCUACCAAGGACGCAACUCUGAUUGUUGAGGUGUUGCAGGAUGGGCUUAGUGGCGCUAUUGGCUCGCGGCGCAACACUGUCGAUAGCGGAUCAGCGCGACAUGGAUCCAUCGCGUCGUCCACCGGGAUCGCCGGCGCGACCUCCAAUGGUCGUCAAUCCUCGCGUUACAACGGGACUUUCCAAAAUAUGGAGAAGAUGUCCCCACCAAAUGGAACCCCGGGUCUUGGCAACGGAGAAUUCGGAGUAUCCAACCUGUUCUCGCCGACCUCACCAGUGCAGACCACAUUUGCAAGCCGCAAUCUAGGAAAGUCUGUCAUUAAUGACGAGGCUGACGAUGACAAUGAUUUGCUCAACGAAUCUAUCGGAUACGCCACUGGGGGUCCGUCUGCUCAGUCCAACAUGUCGCGCAGAGCAACGAACCCGAACCCAUCGAUCCCAGUGUCCCGUUUCGCGUCCUUGUCGCUGAACACAAACAGCGUCAACGGCAUGAGUUCCCCGCCAUUGAACAACUAUGCAUCUCCACGAUCAGCUGCCACCAUGCAAUCGCCAGGACCUGGCCUCUCGGCAAUGUCUCCGCAUAACGUGCCGUCAGCUCUGACGAACGGGCCCAAUACGGGCUUUCAGCAGUUUUCGUCUCAUUUCGCCCGACCGACAUAUCCUCCAGUCAACCCUGCUGAUCAGAAUCCUCCUUGCAACACGCUGUACGUCGGAAAUUUGCCGAUGGACACUUCUGAAGACGAGCUCAAGGCCGUAUUUUCCAAGCAGCGUGGAUACAAGCGUCUGUGUUUCCGCACCAAGCAAAACGGCCCUAUGUGUUUUGUUGAGUUCGAAGACACAUCGUUCGCUACCAAGGCUCUGAACGAGCUUUAUGGAUACAUGCUGCACAACAGUGUGAAGGGCGGUAUCCGACUCAGCUUUUCCAAGAACCCUCUUGGUGUUCGCAGCGGUCAGCACGCCAGCAUGGGGUCAGCGUCUGCCAUCACGCCAAGCACCCCUCUGUCUGGAUUCGGAGGCGGCGUUGGAGCUCCUCCUGGCUUCUCUACUGCCACCGGCCCACCCCCCGGCUUGUCAGCUCCUCCAGGCCUCGCGAACCACUCUCAUACCAACGGAAAUAACAAUUUCGGCAUGUACGCCAACGGUGGCUUCGGCGUGGGACCAAAUGAAAUGUCCAGUGGCAUGCGUCAACCCAUGGCAACAGGCGGCAACAGCUUUGGAAACAUGAGUGGAAGCUAUUCCGCCUACAUGAUGGGUCGCUAG